GAAUCUAUGCGCACGCUGUACAUUGGAAAUCUUCCUUCUGAAACCACCUUGGAUAUGCUUCUUAACCAUAUCUUGGCUGGUGCCUUGGAACACGCCCGAAUACUACCAGAUAAAAAUUGUGCAUUCAUCACAUUCCUUGAUGCUUCUGCUGCCAGUGCCCUGCUUUUUGCAAUCCAGUCACGUCGUCUGAUGAUUCUCUCUCCGGAUGUAAAGGUGGGCUGGGGUAAACCUUCCUUGCUAUCUCCUCUGAUUGCCGAUGCUGUGGCUCGUCAUGGUGCUUCUCGUAACGUGUAUAUCGGCAACCUCGACUCUCGAUAUAUGUCAGAAUCUGCUCUGUCUGUUGUAUUCUCCCACUUUGGCUUGAUUGACUCCAUCAAAAUCUUUGCUGAUCGACGAAUUGCUUUUGUGCACAUGGCAAGUAUACAAUCUGCAAUGAAGGCCAUCAUGUUUCUGUCGUGUGAUGCCGAAUGGUCCUCUCGUAGAAUUCACUAUGGACGUGAUCGCUGCUUACAUCCAUCUUACUUUGCAAUAUCCUCAUUUCCCCAAUCCAUGCCUCAGCAUUCAUUUCAAACUUCAUCGUCACAGUCUUACCAAGAACCUGCUAAUCGCACAGUGUAUCUUGGAGGAAUUCGUCCAGAAGUCACUACAAAGGAGCUUUGUGAUAUCAUUCGGGGUGGUGUCUUGCAAAACAUCAAGUACAUGUCUGAAAAAAACAUUGCCUUUGCAACAUUUGUGAAUGCAGAGGAUGCUGCUGCUUUUUACCGACGCAGUGUGCAGGAAGGUCUUUCUCUCAAAAGCAAGCGAUUGAAGCUUGGAUGGGGAAAAGCGACCCGAUUGCCUUCUACCAUAUCUUAUGCUGUUCAACACUCAUGCGCAUCUCGCAAUGUUUAUAUUGGUGUAGCAGAUGAUACAAUUACUGAAGCUAGACUGCGUCGUGAUUUUUCUCCAUUUGGUGAUAUCGAACUCAUCAAUUUGGUGCCCGAAAAACUGAUUGCCUUUGUCAGCUUUACAGAUAUCCUGUUUGCUAUAAAGGCUGUUCAGGUCAUGCGUAUGCACCCCGACUACAUCAAACACAAGAUCAAUUUUGGUAAAGAUCGCUGCGGCAAUCCGCCAAGAGAACGCAGC